AAGGCAAUAUUUUCGUACUGUCUUAGAGUAGAAAUGAAGACGUAUACACAAAAUGACCCAAUGCUGUUUUCUUAGGGUGCAUCCUUUGUUUUUCUGGUUUUGGUCUUUUCAUCGUAGGAUGGCCUUAGCUCUGUGUCUGCAGGCGCUGUGCAGCCUGGGGGGCUGGCUCUCGCUCUACAUUUCUUUCUGUCGCCUGAAUAAUCACCGAAGCUAUGAGUGGAGCUGCCGGCUGGUUACGUUCACCCACGGAGUCCUCUCGAUAGGUCUCUCAGCUUAUAUUGGCUUCAUUGAUGGCCCUUGGCCUUUUACCCACCCAGGAUCACCCAAUACACCUCUCCAAGUGCACGUUCUGUGUCUCACCUUGGGCUACUUCAUCUUCGACUUGGGCUGGUGCAUCUACUUCCAGUCUGAGGGGGCCCUGAUGCUGGCUCACCACACACUGAGUAUCUUGGGCAUCAUCAUGGCCCUGGUGCUUGGAGAGUCAGGCACAGAGGUCAAUGCAGUCCUCUUUGGAAGCGAGAUUACCAAUCCCUUGCUACAGAUGCGCUGGUUUCUUCGUGAAACAGGCCAUUACCAUAGUUUCACUGGAGACGUGGUGGAUUUCCUCUUUGCAGCUCUGUUCACUGGAGUGAGGAUUGGCAUAGGAGCUCACCUCCUCUUCUGUGAAAUGGUCUCACCCAAGCCCAGGUGGUUUGUGAAGGUCGGGGGAGUUGCGAUGUAUGCUGUGUCUUGGUGUUUCAUGUUUAGCAUCUGGCGUUUUGCAUGGAGGAAAAGCAGCAAGAAGUACCACACCUGGAGAAGCAGGCGGAGUGAGGAGUGGCAGCUAAAACACAAUGGACAUCUCAAGACGCACUAGCCAAGGCUUGCUCCAGACAAUGGAUUGGGUUAAGUCAGCCACGGGAACCAGGUUGGAGAUAUGGCUGUUGCAGAAUCCUGCUUAUGACAAGCUUAGGUUUCAAAAAAAGGGCUAAAUUUAUCCAUCCGUUUGGUCAGUCUUGGAGCAGAACACAUCCCAGUAUUAAAACAGUAACUUCUGCAGCUGUGCAGUUGUAGAAAGUGAGAUUCCCAGCAGUAGUUGUAAGUCAGAACUGUGAGGUGAGCAUGCUGCAUUCCUUUUAAGUUGUGCUGACCCUGGCUCCUUUGUCCCUGGGAGGCUUGAUGAUCAGACAGCCUAGAAAGGAACUCAGAAAGCAUUAGUGCUGUUUCUUCCUUAUUCCUUUGAGAAGUGACUCCUUCAACAAAUAUUUAUUCCUACUUUCUGUGUAGCAGUUUAAAGAAAUGCACCUCAUUUACUACAAAGUGAGGAACUUUCAGGAAGAUACAUGCCUUUGGCAUUCUGAACAUUGGAUCAGGAAAUUGAAUGGGGGGACGGAAGGAUGAGAGAAGGAUGUGGGUGAAACCGUGACGUUGGUGGGGGGCUACUUACUGAGCCUCCCUAUACCAUAUACUUGGUAUAUACCAUAAAGGACUCCCUGUACUUGGGGGUCCCAAGAUCACCCUCAGGCUUGGUGCUUCGCUAAGAGGACUCACAGGACUCAGCACGUAGCUGUCCUUAGAGCUUUGAUCUAUUACAGCAAAAGGAUACAACAAAAGAUCAGCCAAGGGAAAAGGCACCUGGAGCAGAGUACAGGGGAAACCAGGCCCAAGCUUCCAGAGCCCUCUCCCAGUAGGAUCAUGCAGGAUGUGCUUAAUUCCCCUAGCAACGAUUUAUUCACAGUAUGUGUGAAAUGUCUAGAAGGAAGCUUGUUAGAGACUAAGUACCCAAGGUUUUAAUGGGGGGCUGGUCAUGUAGGCAGCCUUUUCCUGACUCCCAGAAGGAAAGGAGGUUUUCACCAUGAACCACAUUGUUUGUACAAACAGUUUAGAGCCAGUGAGCCAGUCUCACCAGUUCAUGUGGGAACCUUCCCAAUGAAAUCUAAGUCUUCAGAUGUCAGCCAAGGGCCAACCUUGCAAACAGCCCUUUCCAGGCCUACUAUAUUAACUCUUUUCUGCACAAAAACCGUAGAGCUAGAGCUUUGGAUGAGAGAUGAAUGAGGUGUGGGCAGAUUUACCGGGUCCUGUUGUAUGGGUUCUGCCCUACCAGGAAAACUCCGCCAGUUCUCAGGGCUUUUGUGCAUUAAUCUCCGAGGCAUGAGAGGCUGUGACUGAAUUCCAUAGGGAUUUACCAUGUGGAUUCCACUGGGCUUGAGAUGCCAGUUCAGGUUUCAGCUCUGCUAUACAUACUGCAAACCAGAACCAAAGACCAAAUGUCCUGGCCUCAGGGUGAUGAGGCUAUUUUUUUUCCAUUUCAGAUACAUUACCUGUUCAUCCUGUUACUACUUUUUCUCUGGAAAAAGUGCCACUCUCUCUGGAUAAUAUAUUACGACAAGGCCCGUGUUGGAAGGAAAAAAUAUUUCUUAAUCCAUAGUCUCUCAGCUAGGAAAAGCAAGAACGUAAGUGUAGAAGAAGGGCUUAGGGAUCGAGAAUUCUUCGUUUCUUUGAACUAAUUUGGCUAGUCACCUGCCAGAUCAUUUGGGCAGGUCACUUGUUUGCUCUGCUUCAGUUGAAACCCCAUUGUCAAUUAAGGAAAUACCCUGCUGUGAGUUUCACAGAGACAUUAGGUGGCGUUUUAUUAAUGCAGGUCUUUAAUAUAGGGCUUUUAUGGGAAAAAAGGGAAGUUUUAUUUAUUUGUUUGUUUGUUGUUUAUUUAUUCAUUUGAUUGUGGUGUUGAGACCAGUGGUGAGCGAGUAGCUCAGCUGAUGAGCAAAGGGUAUGGGAAUGUUGAAGUCAAGGCUGGACGUGAGUAGGAAGUAUCAGCCCAUUCGAUGGUAAUCCUAGCCUAAUGAGUGGUCUUGAAGAUGGACGUCGUUGUCCAGGCAUGACCAAGUGGUUGGAACUGCAUGAGGUCAUCAUUGCUCUGGGAAAAGCAGCUUUAAAGGCCUGUUAACCGUGUGUCUUUUAAAAUGACUGUCUUCUGGUUAAGGAGAUUUGCUGGACAUGAGAAUAAUCUGACAGUAGCAUCUCCAUCUCUUUUUUUCUAUGAUCAGUAUCCCUGAAAUGCUGGUUAGCUUCUUUCCAACAACAUUGUGGUCCAAGUAGGAUGCUGGGGAAUGCUGAUUUUAGCAAAAGCCUAGUUAGAAUAAAAAAGAGUGGCUUGGCACAAAAGAAAAAAAAAAAGAAAAGGAAAAAGCCGUCUCUUGAGUUUUGGCACAGUGCAAGCUGUCCCAUACCAGACAAAUGAGUAGACUUAAUCUGGUACCAUUCUUUUCUCCUUCCACCUCAGAAGUGAAGGGAUUGCAGACCUUGCUCUUUCAGGGGAAUGUACUUAGGUUUCUUGAAUUUCGAGAAACCUACCUAGUGAUAAGGGAAGGAGAAUCCCUCAUUUCAGCUUUUCUUGCUGUUGUAGCUGAUAACUCUGAAGGAAACUCGCUGAGAGAAAAAUGUGAAAUGAAGGUGACUCAGCAGUUAAGAUGCUGAGUCUGUACAUGAGACGUACAUGAAGGGCUAAUUAACAUGUGGUAUGGUUGGACACAUGAAGUACUCAUUUGCACUUAGAUUACUAUGUAAUAGUCAUUAACACUGCUUAAGAAGGAUUUAUAUUUCAGUGAGAUUUGUACUAAAUUUUACAAAAAUAAACAACUUUUUAUCAA